UUAUUAUUUGUAGUUUUCGUUAAAAUUGUAUCGCCUUUAUUAUUACUAGAUAGCCAUCAGAUCCAAAGACGUACGACGCAUUUUUUUUUCGAGUAUCCUUUUUAAUCGAAUAUGCUGUAAGUAAACGAAAGACAAUUUAAAUCCCCACUUACAGCGGCAGUUUAAGUUUUGCAAAUGGCAGAUACUUUGGGAGAGGACUGGUGGAAAGCCGACAGUUCAGAUGCGUCCGAUGAGGGAGAAGAAGGGAAGCCCUCAGAGAAAGCUGCAGGUGAGAAGAAACCGAGGAAAAGGAAGACUGAGAGUGUGAAGUUAGCAAAGGCUAAGAAGAAGAAGGAGUGCUUCAUUGCUCAGGAGAAGAAAGACACUGCUGAAGUUAAAGGUGCUGAGAAGCCAAAGAGGAGGAGAAAGAAGAAGAACAUCACCGAUGCUUUGGCCGCAUCUGAGCCCAAGCCAGGAUGUGCAGCCGAUCUUCAGGAACUUCUCCAUGAUCACUACGCAGACAAGCGCUCCAUCAUUGAGUUGGAAGAGUUGGAGCUCCCAGAUUCCUGCUUCUUGGCCAGCAAUGACCUUUCACACUCCCUGUCCUCCUACCUUAAGGAAAUUUGCCCAAAAUGGGCCAAGGUCCAGAAGAACCACGCAAUUCAGAAAUCUGCUGUCCUGCUGAUAAUCUGCAGCUCAGCCCUUCGCACUAUCGAGCUCAUCAAGCAGCUGACACCUUUUAAAGGAGAAGGGAAAGUUCUUAAAUUAUUUGCAAAGCACAUAAAGGUGGAGGAGCAGAUGAAGCUGCUGGCAAAGGGGGUGGCACACAUCGGAGUGGGAACGCCAGGGAGAAUAAAAGCACUCAUUGAAAAAGAUGGGUUGACCCUGGAUGCAUUGAAGUAUGUGGUGCUUGACUGGAACUGGAGGGACCAGAAGCUGAGGAGGAUGGUUGACAUCCCAGAGGUCAAAGCUGACAUGCUGAAGCUCCUGGAGACCCGCAUCGUUAUGGGCUGCAGGACUGGAACGAUUAAAUUAGGCCUCUUCUGACCGAAGACCUCUUCAUAAAUCACGUUUUCCAUUGUUCAGUAGUCAUCAAAAAGUCUUUAGUUAGUCAUGAUCCUGUAUGUAAAUGGUAUGGAUUUGUAUACGGCUCCUGUAACGCAAAGCAAAAAAAAACUGAAAUGAAACGCAAAUAAAGAUAAACAGUGCAGAUCAGCAGCAUUAUCCUGGUGUCCAACAUUCUCAGGUCUUGGUUGGGCAAGUUAAUCACGUUUAAGUUGAUGACUGUGGCCUGCCCUGUGGUGUUCUUCUGGAAAUAUUUUACAUACUGAAUACACAUGAUCUUCAGAAAUAUGCAACAGGCACCAGUUAAAGGGUUAUAAGGUCUAAGCCCCGGCUUGUGCCUCUUUCUCUUAUCAGAUGCCUCAUAUUAUCACUGUAGAAUAAACUGGCCUUAAUUCAUCCAUCUAUCAAUCCAUCCAUCCAUAUAACAGAUUCUCCAUGGGGCUGGGAUUUAAGGGCCGUGCUCAGGGGCCCUGAGGUGCUGAGUCCAGGGCUCAAACCGGCAACCUUCUGAUCACCGACACAGAGGCUUAGCCCACUGAGCCACAUGCUGCCCCCUCUAGGGAAAACAAAGUGGGAUUCAAACCCAUACUGGGUCAAGUCGUCUGUCCCAGAAAGUUCCACAUAAGUUUGCAACAAUUUUUUGCUGCAAAAAUCUGGUUAUUCAUUUAGGAAAAAUGAACACAGGACAAAAAUAAAAUAUAGUGACAUUCACAUAGUGUGUAAAUGAAUGAAAUGUAAUGACAUAUGUGAGGUUUAAAAUUGGACGUGAUUAAUCCCCAAUCGGCCACUCCUUCCGUGUGGCCCGCCCCCUCAUUAACCCCGUGUGGAAUCCCCGUACGAUCAGCUGUUUCCUGUUGUAGUAAUUAGUCUUAUGUAUUUAAAUCUGCGUUAGGUAUGUUUCCCCCAUUCCUGUCAUUGACGUCAGUUCUUGGCUCUGUCUUUGUUUGUGGAUGUAUGCGACAAUAAAGCCCUCAUUUCCCCAA